AUGGAUGUGGUCAAUCGGACAGACGCAGGCAAUUAUUCCUGCAGGGCUCGAAGCCAGUUGAGGAUUUCUGGAGAGAGUGUUGACCCUGCGAUUUCUGAGGCUUUCACAUAUAUUUAUGUACAAUGUAAGUUGAACAGAUUUAGCAUUAAAUAUAUGUCUAAUGUAAGUUGAACAGAUUUAGCAUUAAAUAUAUGUAAAAUGUAAGUUGAACAGAUUUAGCAUUAAAUAUAUGUACAAUGUAAGUUGAACAGAUAUAGCAUUAAAUAUAUGUACAAUGAAAGUUGAACAGAUUUAGCAUUAAAUAUAUGUACAAUGUAAGUUGAACAGAUAUCGUAUUAAAUAUAUGUACAAUGAAAGUUGAACAGAUUUAGCAUUAAAUAUAUGUACAAUGUUAGUUGAACAGAUAUCGUAUUAAAUAUAUGUACAAUGUAAGUUGAACAGAUUUAGCAUUAAAUAUAUGUACAAUGUAAGUUGAACAGAUUUAGCAUUAAAUAUAUGUACAAUGUAAGUUGAACAGAUAUAGUAUUGAAUAUAUGUACAAUGUAAGUUGAACAGAUAUAGUUUUAAAUAUAUGCACAAUGUAAGUUGAACAGAUAUAGUAUUAAAUACAUUCACAAUGUACAUUGGACAGAUUAGUAUUAAAUUAUAUAUUUAGAAUGUAAGUUGAACAGAUAUAGUAUUAAAUAUAUUCACAAUGUACAUUGGACAGAUUAGUAUUAAAUUAUAUAUUUAGAAUGUAAGUUGAACAGAUAUAGUAUUAAAUAUAUUUAGAAUGUAAGUUGAACAGAUAUAGUAUUAAAUACAUAUAUUUGUGCUACUAUAGAAGACAAACAGAUAUAGGAGAAAUAUAUUUAUGUGCAAUGUGAGUUGGACAGAUUUAGUAUUAAACCUCUCUUGGGUUUCUAAGUUGUGAUACAAUGAGACUGAUGAGAUCUGGGACAAUGCUGAGGGGUUGGGGGGGGGGAUUUAUGUUGGUCGAAUGUCAGUUUGAAAUGUCACAAUUUGUUUCUACUUUAAACAAAUAGUGGAACAAGAUUUUUUUUAUNACAAUGAGACUGAUGAGAUCUGGGACAAUGCUGAGGGGUUGGGGGGGGGGGAUUUAUGUUGGUCGAAUGUCAGUUUGAAAUGUCACAAUUUGUUUCUACUUUAAACAAAUAGUGGAACAAGAUUUUUUUUAUCGGUUUGAAAGGCAAUUACAGGGCAAUGAAACUGAUGUUUUGGCUUCAGCAAUUUAAACGGCUUAAACACAGCAGCUCAAAGAUUAUCCUACUAUAAGACUAAUGUUACAUUUUAUAUCCAUGCAGACAAGCCUGGAAUGGCAUCCAUUGGGACAGUUCCUGACGUAGAUGUUGGGGAUAAACUGGAAAUAACUUGCACCGCUACACCAAAUGGUCAGUUGCACUCAAUCUUUUUAAAAAAUGUAUUUAAUGGUAACAUUGCUAACUAAUCUAACAAUUAUAAUUUUUUAAAAAAUAUAAUCAGUUUUUAUAAUGGCAAAAUCUAAAUUAAAACUCUCUAUCUUAUUUUUAGUAAAGAGAUCAAAUUAAAAAAAGCAAUAUGCUCUCCUAUAUAAAUACUCAAUAAAUAAAUAUUUAUGCAAUGAAUGGUGGAUUAUCUUUAUUUCAUUUAUUCAUCAUAGUCACAUCAUUUCUUGAAGAAUCAUGAGUUUGUCAUGUAAAUAAAUACAUCAAUAUAAUUUAACGGUCAAGAUGUUUACACAUUUAUCACUAAUUAAUUGUUCCAUUCCUCCUAAAUCAUUGUUUUUAAAGGUUGACCUAAAAUUCACAAAAUGACUUUUGUAGGUAUUUAUUUACAUAUGUUUAUAUUUACUUAAUUAGGCUAUCCUGAGCCUACUUACACAUGGAAAAAAGAUGGACAGACUUUGCCUCAGAAUAGGCAGACCCUCACAAUCGUUUCUGUCAAACUUUCUGACAACGGCCGCUACAGCUGCACACCCAUCAACAACAGGGGGAGUGGUGAAACCGCCUUUGUCAACGUCAGUGUCUUUGGUAGGUCAGGUCAUUCACAUCGACAUUAUUAUCCAUUACUUCUCCUAACACAAUAACUGGUAGCCAAGAAAAAGGUUCAGAGGAACCGGGUUAGGGUACCUACAGUCUCAAAUUUCUUUAGUACUAUGUACUCAAAAUUAAGGUCUGUCUCAAAAAGAAUAAUAAUAUAGGCUAUUUGUUUUGAUAAGUCUGAAUUGAUAUUUUUACCACUCAUUGGAUCCACUGUAGUUACGUUGUUUUUCUUGCAUUCUAGAUGGAUCAAUGCUGAAAUUUAUAGACUGUCCCAAUUCAUAUCUGAUAAAGAUUUAAUGAAAAAAAAAUUUUAAAUGUUUUUUUAAAAAAAAUAUACCAAUAAUAAAAUGGCUAAAUUAAAGAACCAUAACUCAAAGAUAAUUUUGAAAUAAUUUUUUUUUCCCUUUACACUUUGCUUGUGGACAAUGUUGAUACAUAAAUAAUUGAAAAUUUUUUUUUAACAAAGUAAGAUCGUUUACGUGUUAAAAUAUUUCUUUGAUAUAGUAAAAAAAACACAUCUUGGACCUUGUCAUCUUAAAAAUAUUUCUAUUACCGGUAUUUCUUUUUCAGAAAUUAGCUUUGAAAUUAAAUUUAUAUAAAUCUAAUAAUUUUAUCUUUUUGAAUAAACAAAAAAAUGUGUUUUUCUUUUUCCCCCAAUAAAGAGCCGCCAUUGAUAACCAAGAAACCAGAAUUAGAGCUGAGUGUUUUCUUGUCUGAAUCCAAAAUGUUGACCUUGACCUGUGAGGCCAGGGGCUACCCCCAGCCGCAGGUGACCUGGUACCAAGAAGGGGAGAACCAGUCCCUCAACGUGCGACCAGAUCUGUUCACUGUUGCCACGACAACAAAACCAGUUGACUCUUACAGCGUGCUUGUACAGAGUGUUCUACAGUUCAAAGGUCAGUUCAGUAACAACAAUAAAUAUAUUUCCUGAAAGCUGGACUAAGGUCUUUAAAACAAAAUUAAUUAAACAUUUUGCUGUCCAAAUGUUUGAUGUCCAAAUGUUUGAUGGCUAAUGCUUAGUAUCCAAAUGUUUUAUGUCUAAAUGUCAUCUUUAUCUUAAUGCAUGAUGUCCAAAUAUUUGAUGUCCAAAUGUUUGUUGUCCAAAUGUUUGAUGUCCAAUUGUUUGACAACCAAAUAAUUGAUGUCCAAUGUUGUUUGAUAUCCUAAUGUUUGAUGUCCAAAUGAUUCAACAGCUGACAAACAAAAGACAAAAAAAAGGAGCUUAUUAAGCCAAUAAUUUUUUAUGAUAUAAAAAUGUAAUUUAAAAUGAUAUGCAAAUGACAUAAAUUUUAAAAUAUAUGAAUUAAAAUAACCUACUAAUGACGUAAAGUAAGACAAAGCUGUUGUUCGUUAAAAUCAUGAGAAACUAUAAGUACUUGGUAAACUUUUACAUAGGUACGUACAACUGUUGUAUGAUAAAAAUAACGUACAUUUCUUUUUUUUUUGAAGGUUCUGCCAGAUCUUUGUCAUCGUUUGGUGGUCAGAGGACAGGAUUACAGAUACGAGACAUUGGCAACUACUCAUGUCAGGCUGAGUCUGACAAACAUACUGACACACCAAUCACACGCACACAGUUGCUAAUUAACUGUAAGUCAGUUCAGUGAAUAAGAAAUAAAUGAGAACAGACUGUAACGUAAUAAUAACUAAUUUAUACUCACGUGAGUAUAAACAGAGAAUUCAUGCAGAAAUAUGGGAAAGUUUAUAAAAUUUAUUUCAUGUAGUCUUCCUAGGUCCGCGAUAGUUGAAAAUUUAAAUAUAAAUUGAAAAAUAACAAAAUUCAAGAGGUCCUCCCUGCAAUAGGGGUAACUCUCUGCCAGUCGAUCCCCACAAAUCAGGCUUUGGGAAUUACUGAGCUAGAAAAUCCUGAUGCAUGAACAAACUUGAUGCCAUUAUUGGCUUUGACAGAUUUGUAUCUUUCCAACAGUCAUGGUAAUCUAUUGUUUUAUUUUCUCACUGUCCCACCUGUGCUAGAACCCACAUCAAAAAUACAAGCAUCAUUAUAUUGUUUUAUUCUGACAGUCCCACCUGUGCUAGAACCCACAUCUAAAAAUACAAGCAUCAUUAUAUUGUUUUAUUCUGACAGUCCCACCUGUGCUAGAAGCCACAUCAAAAAUACAAGCAUCAUUAUAUUGUUUUAUUCUGACAGUCCCACCUGUGCUAGAACCCACAUCUAAAAUACAAGCAGCAUCCAAGCAAGAGAAGGCAGAGUUGGUCUGCAUUGCCCAGGGUUAUCCUGAACCCACUCUUCUUUGGUACUUUCAAGGACUGCCACUCUCACGAGGGCAGUCAGGGAUCUCCAUCACGCAAAACCCCCUCGGCGGGGUUGGAAAAAUUGAAAGUAGGCUGACAUUUCUGAACGUAACAGACAAGAAUUAUGGUUCCUAUCGAUGUUAUGUGCGUAAUGGCUUGGGCAACACAUCGCAA